GUCCAAACAUAUCGCCGCUACUCGUUAGUGGGAAUAUGUAGUUUUAUUUCCAAUUUGACGAUGAAUUUUAAAUUUCUUCUCUGACAUGUUUUAGUGCAAUUUAUGAUCAUUUCUUCAAAAAACUCUAUUACAAUUAGUUAAAAAACCCGUUUAUUAUUUUCGGAAGCUUAGAUUAUUUUGCAGCAAUGCACAAGGAGGCACUGAGUGCUUGUGUGCUGUUGUUGUUCCUCUUUUUCGCCCCUGAGACCUCUUGUGGCUCCCCCUCUGUCCCUCCCCCUUGUGACAAUGAAGUGGACAGCUGUGUGACUGAUGACGACUGUGUUGUGGGCACUGGCAGGGAUGAUCUAGUGUGUAUGGCCACUGGCACCCCCGACAACCCUGGUCCCAAGAACUGUCUCUGCAAACCCGGAUACUACGGGAACCCACAGGAACCAUGCAAAAUGGAGAGCGAUGCAGCCCCUAUCUUUGGAAUGUACUCUGGCUGUUACGCAGUGGACAAGACAGACCGGAAGAUAACACAGGCGGCGGGGGACUACAAGCCAGGGGUGCUGAACACGUACAGUUGCAGAGAGGCCUGCUCCAACCAGAACAGUGCCUAUGCUGUACUGCAAGAGGGCGACCUCUGCUUCUGCUCCGACGACAUAACUGGUCUUGGCAGUCCGGUGGAUGGGUCCAAGUGCAACUCUGAGUGCAGUGACGUGGACCCCGGAGACAAGAAGUGUGGGGGCUUCACUGAGCUGGACGGCAAAUACAUCACCGAGAGCUACUCGAGCAUCUUCACCACUCAGAAAGGAAUCUCCUCCGCAUGGUUUAUGGAACUGAGCAAGAGUCUGGAGACGAAUAUGGUCACUCGUGCAGUCAUGGACUAUGAACCUCCCGCCGGAUUCUGCAAGAGCUGGAUGAACUACCAGUUUGACUUCGGCACAGGUGCCGGUCGCACCCACCCCCACCCACUCACGUGGAUGGAGUGGGUGUACCCCUACCCAGGCACAUUCAUCGUUACUGGAAUUGCCGACAGCAGAUAUCCUGCGAUAGAUGCUACGAGUGUGACUGUGGUUGAGUCAAUCAGGAAGGAGGGGGUGGUGGCCUCCUGUGGUCCCACUGGCAUCUUCAGAUUCGGACUGAAGGCCAACUGCUCUGUCACGUCCAUCCUCGGCACUGGCGUCAUGGCCAAGAUAUUCUGGGGGGAAAAGGACAGGAAGCAGUUCGACUUCUCCCGAAUAGAGAACCCCUACCACUGCCAGGCGGGAUCACCCGUGCUGCAAUCUGUGAGCUGUGCGGACUACCUGGACCCAGACGACCACUUCUACGACUCAGGCACAGCCAAACAGCUGUUCGAUCCACUCUACGAGUUCAGCUGCGAGGGAAUUCUCAAGGGCUUCCAGUAUUAUGUCAAGGCCGCCGGCACAGGAGAGUCGAUUAAGUUCAAGCUGUUUGCACCCUCGUGUGGCAGUGGGAGUGAGCACUGGUGCUUCGACACCAUGACAUGCACUGACAGCUCCACCCCCUGCCUGCCCCCCUUCUCCUACAGGUGUGGCAUGGGUGGGGCCUACUGUCAGAUGGGGGGAGGCUGCACUGACCACACCUGCUCACCCACACACAGAUCGGACUCCUUCACCACUAAUGGCAUUGACUAUGCCUUUGUGCAGGAGUGGACCGUUCCUCUGGAUGACUCAUGCGCUUUGGACUCGUGUGGCUGCUAUGGCCUCUACUACCUGGAUCUGGGGACAUACUCAGCACCAGAUCAUGUGCGAGUGUACCCUGGAUACAUUCUGGUGUUGGAGAGUGGGAACAACAAAGUGUACUACAAUCGAGAUGUGAACUCAACCGACACAGUCUACUUAUUUAAUGCCGCCGACACCACUCUCUCCAUGGGGUCUGAGGCCAGCACUGACACUGGGAUCAAGUGGGCGUUCCAGGGAUUCCUGGCUCAACCUUCGGCCAUCAACCUCACAAACAACCUACCAACCCCCGACGGAGCAGAGCCCUAUCAGGUGGAGAUCUGGGUGACAGCUGACAAGUUCGCGGACGAAGCGGACCUCAACUUGACGACAGUGGUGGACGGCGUGACCAAAACAGUGCCUGUCUACUACUUCACAUUCGAGGUGUUCUCCUAUGAGGGCUUCAGCAACGUGUUGGCCGAGGGACUGUACGAGUACCACCCGUUCGCAGCCGUGGGCUCUCGCUACGACUUGCUCAUCAAUCUCGACAAUCCUUCGGCUUACCAGUACGCGGUGUCUCUCGACAUCGACUGGGGAGACGGAAGCAGCUACGGUCCAGUGGACUUCCUGGCAGGCACUCUGGAAAGCCACACGUACUCCUCGGCUGGCGAGUACGAAGUGUGUGUGCAUGCGAUCAAUGAGAUCUCAGAAGACACCACCUGCUGGACUGUCGUGGCCUACAACCCCGUCCCAGAUGACAAGUAUGACGUCCUGUUUUCCGACCACAACAUCGGAUGUCCCUGCGGAGUGACGGACAAUGCUGGCAACUAUUUGGGAGAUGGUGUGUUUACUGUCACCAUAUCCCAGAGUGACUUGGGCUUCUUCUCCGCCAACUUCCCCACCAACGCCACCGCCUACUUCAUAGUUGACAAGAAGGAGAACAUAGUGCUGGACCAACACCUGGAUGAGUCACCCUUCAUGCCCGCUGGCACAGAUGGACAACUAGUGUUCACGUACACUUAUGACAGUCCAGGGUGCAUAGACGUAGGGCUAGUGAUCAGCAAUGCAAUUUCACUGUUCGCGACUGCAACCAAGGUGUGCGUGUAUGAGCGGAUGGAGGUAGCCACCAUCAGCAAACUGGUUCAGAUCCACAGAGGUCAGGUGGACUUGCCUGACCCGGCGGAGAUCCCUGUGAAUGUGUACGCGUGUGACUAUGACUCAGACAACAACUGUGCUUUCUAUUUGAACAAGGACCACUACACCAGAAUCACACUCUACCAGAACUCGACUGUUGUGAAUCAGACGUUCACGUGGAACUGGGCUGAUGAGUCGGAAGUGAAGGAGGAGACAUUUGUGAACCAGAAGACCAGCACCCACCUCUUCUUCUUCGCCUCGUUUGGAGUGGCCAACUACCGCAGUCUGGAGGGGGCCACAGUGACCAUAUCCACACCCAUGCAGAUGGGGGCAGAUGCAAUGGUGGUGCCUAUUGUGGGCUCGGAUGGGAACCCCUUCCGGAUAGCCCUGCCCCCCUCCGCCCCCCAAGUGGCCUCGCCUGGCUUUGUGUGGAAGGAGGGGGCCACUGCCGAGGUCAUAUUCAGACUCACCACUAUCGGUUGGAAGACGUGCUGCUUGACUUUCUGCGAGGGAUGCACAACUACUCUGGGCUUCGUGCAGUCCUUCUACGACACAGACGAUGCCAACGACGAGAGUGCGGACGAUGUGGUUAGGAGAGGGUGGCUUCAGAAUGGCUACCACAGAUGCAGCAACCAGUCGGACCCAGAGAACCCUUGGAGGAAUCCAGAAGCGUCCAGUUACUUGGACAUGUACCCGCGACAAGACUCCAUUCUGGGCAUAGACUGGGACGGGUGGGAGGGGGAGGCGGAAGACUCCCAGUCGAAACUGCCCUCGCACGUGAUCAAAGAGAACAAGGUGGAGAUCAAGCCCUUCUUCGGCACCAAACAUGAAUCAUACUCCAUCCACUACUUCUGCUGGAACCCCAUUGGAUCGGUGUCGGCCGUGUAUGAGUUUGCACGUAAGGAGCCCAUCACCUGUUCCUUCCCCUCUAUCAGCAUAGACUACAGGGGUGCAGAUGUGUUCCAGCCACGCCUCAUGUACAGGAAAGACAGGAACUUCCUGACUGGCAAUGUCAUUCUGAACUGUGACGAGACGAGAAGUAACGACAAGUGGUGGACGUGUCAGCCCUUCAGUGAGAGAGACGGCAAGCCCUCCGGGGACCCCUACGUGCCCGCCUUCUCCGGCAACACCACCUCAGAACUGGUCAUCCACCCCAAGGGACUCUACUACGGGGUCCACAAGUGCACUCUCUAUGUGAAGAUGAGACUACCUUACUCCACGCCAAAGUAUCAGAGCUCAGAGUUCACAUACAUUAAAAUACUGCCCUAUGACAUUCUGGGCCAGAUGUACUCUUCCAUUUCGACCGUGGACCUCGGCUACACACAGACACUGCGACUGGAUCCGAACAAGUACUCUGUGGACCUGGACAUAGAUGUCGGGGAGUUUGUCGACUUCAAAUGGUACUCGCGCUGUGGCGCAGAAUCCUACCCGAUAAUCGAUGACGAACUGAAUGAAGCCUACCCCCCUCCCCUGCCCACUGGGAAGAAUGCUGGAUCGGCCGGAGGGGCGGAGGGAUUGGGUCCUGGUCGCAUAGCGGGUAACAAAGGCUAUCUGGACGUGACUCCGGCUGCCUAUGACGGAAUGAGAAGCGACAUGACGUGUGAGUUGAUGGCUGUGUUCCGCAAGACACAAGACCCCUUCGACAGAACAGCCACUGCCAUCAUCACAGUCAAUAUCAAAGAAUACGUGGCACCCACAGUCGAAAUAAGAACUGGAAACGGAACUCCGGCCGAGCCGAUGAUCACAGCGGACAAACGGGCGGCGCAGAAGAUCAACCCGAUCGGCACCUUCCGGGCGAUGAGUGAGUGCACUCUGGGAACGAACUGUGACCAAGUGUCGUUCGAGUGGUUCCUCGGGUGCGUCAAGCCAGACCUCCCUUCGCCCAUAGACUACAAAGACAUGAUGAACUACGAGAAUGUGACCUUGAGCGAUGACCCUGAAGUGCAAUCAGUGGAGAAACUUCGUGUGAACAACAGACUGCAGAACGUGGGUGUUCCGAUGGGUCUUCUGCGAUACCAGGUGGGCAACAAGUCCCUGGACUGUGUGCUGUCUCUUCACGUGUGCAACGACCGAACAGAGGAGCAGAUCAGAAGUGGAGAGAACGCAUUCUGUGGGUGGUCCCAGAUGAACCUGAGGCUGAAUGAGCCCCCCACUGGGGGCAAUGUGACUCUGAACCACACCCCUGAAGUUGGACCCGGCAACUGUCUGGAGAACUACAUGUACUGGAGCUUCUCCUUCGGAGACUGGACAGACCCGGACGACGGCUGCAUCAAGGCCUACAAGAUCAUACAAUUGAGUGGACCUGGCAUCUACCGAGUGCCCGUGGAAGAAGAACUACUCUCCCUCUCCCCCUUUUCGGAAGUAGUGCAGACGGCUCUCUACAGUGGCCCCGAGAACCCCUACAGGGAGAAGGUGAAGUUCGGAGACAAGGCCAAUGACUGGGCCACUCUCUUCUGUGUCCGCAUAUCCGACUGUUUGGGCGCCUUCACUUUCUACUGUGUUCGAAACAGGUUUGAGAAAGUCAGCUUGAAUGACAUGGUCACAUGUCAAUCUCAGAAAACGACAACCGCUGUCCCAUUAGUGACUGAACCAAUGACAACAACAACGACCACGACCACAACUACAGUCCCAGCAGCAGCAUCAGUAACCCCGUUCUCGGCAACCGAAACCCCCCUGUUACUAACGAAUACUUCUGCAGUUAUGGUGGAGAGCCCAACCAUACCCACAUAUCCCCGUGUGCAGGAGUUGCUGACAGACAACCCGUAUCAAUUAGAAGAAGAGUCCCUUCUGGUCGAGCGGGAACUGUACGAUGCGGUUGAGAAGAAUUACACCAAGUAUAUAGCGGAGGGGAGUCAGAGAAAUAUGAGUGCGUUUGUGCAGUUUGCCACGGAACAGAUGAAUCAAAUUGCAGCGGAGUUGGAGGCUGAGUUGUCGGCCAUCACCGCCGAGUUGGAGUUGGUGGGCAGUGGGCGGGAGACUGAGUGGAGUGAGGAGGAGAAUGCGCAGAUAGAGGAGGUGCUCGCCCACAAGACCCAGAUGAGGCAGGAGCUCAAACAGUUGAGUGAGCUGAUCAACCAGGAGGUGUUGUUGGGUCUGGAGGGGGGAGUGGGGGAGAUGAACUCGCCCGAGAUUCUGGACUCGGUGGCGGGGGGACUAUCCGGCGCCACCAAGGAGACAGACGCCAUGUCCGAAUAUGCACUGGGUUCGGCGAAGGUGAUGGCGGACCGGAUUGGGCAGAAUCUGAUGGAGCUGGCGGCGGAAGUGGACCAGGAGACCACGGAGGCCAUAGCCGCACCCGCACUCGGGGCCACUGCUGGAACUGUUCUGGGUGCCAGGGACAAAAUAGUGGGCGAUGGAGAGGAGAAGGAGGAGUCUAAUAAUGGAACAGAAGUAGUGACCACUAUUGGACCAUUGAUGCCUGAUGAAUACGUAGAUUCGGUGACUGGAACUCCAACGCCGCUGCAGGGAAGCAUGACGGAUUGGGGUAUGGAAGCUAUGGAUGCGAUUGACAAGAUAUCCGGAGCCUGUCAGAUGAACAAGGCGGCCGAGGAGCCGAACACUGGACUGGCCACGGAGUCCAUGGGCAUUGAGCUGGUCAAGCGACAGUCCAAAGACGUCACUGGCACAGACGGCAAAGUGGUGACGGUGACUGCUCUUUCGAUGCCCCAGCCGCCUAAAGUGAAGCUGCCCGCUUUCGACUACCUGCUAGAUGACAAUCCGUACAGACCACAAGACGCCAUUUCUCUGCAGUCCCUGGUCACCCCUCGUCCCUUCCUCUUUGGCACCCCCGGAGACUACUUGGUGGGCAACAGUGCCCUCCUCCGUAUCAGUCUCUCCACUGGCACUGAGAACCACAAGAUCCAGGUACCUGAGGCCAGGAAGGCCAUCGACCUCCACAUUCCCAAGGACAACAAGCAAGCCAAAGAGGCCGGGCUGGAGACGAAGAGGGGUUGGAUGGAGUUGGGCCAGGAGAACCAGUUCAUCCUGCGGUCGAUCGACAUAGAGGGAGAUGUGGCGAUCAGUGUGUAUGUGAAGUACGUGAAACAGGUGGUGGAUGAGUGGCUCUGUGUCUAUGGCCGGUAUGGCCAGCCUCCCUUCCAUGACCCCGUUAAGAACACGUGGCAGUACGACUUCUUCGAGAUGCUGCCCAGAGAUCUUUCAAGAGCAGAAGGGAGAAGACAUGAGGGGGAGCAGUAUCCAGACCAGAAUGUGUACAUGAUUGAAAACCACCUGGUGCGAGACUCCGGUACAUACUGGUUCGGAAUCAGACCCUGUCGGAAGAACUUCGACUGGGACUACUUUGACACACCUGUCAUUUCCAACAAGGUGUUCGCGGCUGACUUUGAGUUCAACAUCUGGACACAAGGCUGUCUUUUCAUGGAGGAGAGUGACCCAAACAACCCGGAUGCCUCACAUGACUACAAGUCCAGAGGAUGUGUGGUGGGCAGUCUGUCGAACGAGUACGUGACGGAGUGCAUGUGCAUGCACCUGACCUCGUUCGCCGGCAGUCUCGCCCCUAUGCCCCCCGCUUUGGACUUCUCGGCCAUGAGUUUCAAGUUCGAGGACAUGUACCCCGUCUACAUCCUCCUCUUCUCCCUCUGGGCAGUCUACCUCCUCAUCAUGAUGUGGGCCAGACGACAAGACAAAAAAGACAUCGCAAAGCUCGGCUUCACCCCCCUGCCGGACAACGACCCCCAGGACUACUACACGUACGAGAUGGCCAUCCAGACUGGCAUGGUGCAGGGGGCGGGCACUAAGAGCAAAGUGUACUUCUACCUGGUGGGGGAUCAGGGCAGGAGUAGAAUCCAUGUGGUAGAGGACCCCUACAGGAGAAUCAUGAAGAGGGACUCCAAAGAUCUCUUUCUACUCACAACGCCCACGUCCCUGGGCAAGUUGACGAGUGUGCGUCUGUGGCACGACAACUCGGCAGUGGGUUCUGACCAGAACUGGUUCUGUGACUACGUCGCCUUCCGAGACGUCCAGACUGGCGAAAAGACUUUCUUCAUGGCGUAUCGGUGGUGGUCUCUGGUGAAUGAAGAUGGUCUGAUAGACCGGACGAUUGAGAGGACAGAGCCGGAGAACAUGAAACAGUUCCGCUACAUGUUCGCCGCCAAGGCCAGGGAGAAGCUGAACGACGGCCACCUCUACUACUCUAUCUUUGCCCGACCAGUCGAAAGCCACUUCACAAGAUGUCAGAGGUGUUCGUGUGCAAUGUGUAUUCUGCUGUUGGAGUUCUGCGUGAGUGCCAUGUACUACCAGUCCCGACAGAGUGUCGAUGAAUCAUCCACUGUCUGGGUCGGACCCAUCAAGUUCAACCUAGCCGAGAUGGGAGUGAGUUUGAUGUCGACUCUGAUGGUGUUGCCGCCUGCCCUUCUUGUGGUGGAGUUGUUCAGACGCACCAAGCCCUUCAUGUCUGAACAGGAAGAGGAGUUGGAUGAUUUGGACGCCGAGGAAGAAUUUGAAAAUGCGGCUAAAAGAAGAAAUCGGGAGGAGCGCAAAAGACAGGAAAGACUGAAGAAGCUGCAGAUGGCCGAACACCUGGGAGUGAUUCCUGGGAAGCGAGACGAGUUGAUUGCCCCACAAUCAGGUCCGCUUGAAGAGGCAGAGAAGAAAUGGAACGCGAGUGGUCGAUCCUCCGAAGCAUCCGAGCACCGAAGCCUCUCUUCGGGCAAGAGUUCCCUCAAGCAAGGCUCGUCCGCAACGGAGUCUGGCGGAAACCGAAAAGAGGCCAAAAACGUCCAAAUAAACGAAAGAGCUGAACAUGUCGUGACAGAUACCCUGGCGCCUCUGAUUGACCCGGACGAGGUGGUGAACGAGAUAGAGAUCCUGGACAGCUCCUCCAGCGACUCCGACCUCAGUUUCGACGAUGACGACGACCAGGAUGACUCGAAGGACUUGAGCUGCUGCGAGAGGUUCCGGAAGUCCAAGUUCUUCUGUCUCGUCCAGUGCUGCUUCGGAUGGACAGAGAAGAAGCGUAAGAAGCAGCCGUUCAUGUUGCCGGCCUCCUUCGUGUAUAUAGACUGGCUGCUGGCCAUCACCAUCAUGCUAGCAUGCACUGCGCUCAUCUCCAUGUACGCGGCCAUGAUCGCAUUCCAGGGGGGCAGUGCCCUCAUCUCCAAGUGGGUCGUCACCAUGAUAGUGUCCAUGUUCAUGUCCAUUUUCAUGAUACAGCCAUUCAAGAUCUUCCUGUUGGCCGUCCUUUUCUCCCUCCUUUGUCAGAAGAGAGCGAAGAAGCGGAACAGCGACACGGAAGUGCUCGAAAUGAUAGACAAUGAGAACGACACUGAGCAGCAGCAACUACCAGACUACGACAAGGACCAGCACUUGUACGCGGGUGACGAGGUGGGGGAUCUGAUUGUGGGCAAGUUGCCGGACGAGGAGUAUCUGGACGAGGAGAAUGAGCUGGCCAAGAGGAAGAAGUUGCUACCUGGACAACUGACUCGCAGCAAGAAGGGAUUCCUCCGAAUAGUGCGCACUAAGGAGAUCGGCAUGUUCGGGGUGGUGCAGGAGAUUACAGUCUACGCCCUGUUCACUUGGCUCCUCUUCUCAGUCUGCUACAUAGAGAAGGACGCCACCGGAUACCUACUCUACGAGGAGGUCAAGGAUGUCCUCUUCACCAACUCAUUCGACCAGGUGCACGACAUAGACAGCUACUGGGACUACUUGAUAGACCACUACAUGCCCAGCAUGUAUGCCACUGCAUGGUACAAUGGGGACAGACCACUGGGGCUGUAUGGCUACUUCGGGGAUAGAAACAACCUCAUCAUCGGCUACUCUGUCAUCCGACAACUCAGAGUCAGGAAGGACUUGUGUUCUCCUGUGAAGAUUGGGCGCCACAACAUUUCCAGAGAGUGCAUACCCCCCUUCGCAGACGAGUUCGAGGACCAGGGCAGAUAUGGGCCGGGGUGGAUCCGAUUUGACGCCAACAACCCGUACCACAUACUCAGAGAGGAGUACAGGUACGUGAAUGCAGAAGAAAUCGAUGGGGCUACCUUCUGGGGCGAGUCAGCUUUCUACCCGGGUGGGGGAUUCCUCGUGCACUUGGAUGGAAACGUCGAGGACUCUACCAAGAAACUGCAGAACCUCAAGAACGAGAAAUUCAUCGACCGUUACACUAGAGCAGUGUUCCAUGAGUUCGCCGUUUACAACCCGACGUUCAAUCUGUUCGCGGUGGUGACGAUGGUAGCCGAGUUCCGAGCAUCUUCGGGAGUGUUCGCAUACUACUAUUGUGACCCCCUCAGACUCAUAAUGUACCAUGGACCAACAGCACCCUACCAGAUCCUGGUGCAAGUGGGACUGGGCAUCUUCUUGGCUGUGUUCCUUGUUAGAGAUGGGAGGCGCAUCUACAAACAGAGGAAGGAGUUCUUCAAGAAAACCUGGAACUUACUCGACGCACUCAUCGAUCUGCUGGGCAUCCUGACUAUUGUGGUGUUUCUGUACCGCUACACGAAGACGGAGGAGGCGAUGAGCAGAGUGUCGUUGGUGGGGGGCAGACAGUUCGUCAACCUCAACUACUUAGUCAGCGUCUCAUUCGUGUUCCUGAUGAUUCUGGGCUCGAUCUGUUUCGUGUCCACCAUCCGAUUCCUCAAGAUCCUCAACUUCAACAAGAAGAUCUCCAUGUUCCGUGACGUCAUAGUCACCUGCAGACACGACAUCGCCUCCUUCUCCAUCAUGUUCGUCGUGCUGCAGGCCGGCUUCGUGACUAUGGCCUACUUGUUCUUCGGCAACUUCCUGGUGAGGUACCGGACAGUGUUCCAGACACAGCAGUCGCUGUUCAACAUGCUGCUUGGCAAGUUCUCCUUCCAGGACCUGAUCGAAGUGGACGAGGCUCUAGCCGGCAUGUUCUUCAUGAGCUACUCCAACUGCAUGCUCAUAGUCACCAUGAACAUAUUCGUCGUCAUUCUAGAUGCAUCUGUGGGAGAUGUGAAUGAGGGACUGGCUGAGAAGAGCAACGAGUACGAGAUCAUCAGCUUCAUGUUGGGCAGAGUGAAGUACUGGGUGAAGGACACUGUGGGCACGGCCAAACAGACAGUCCACGACAUCAGUUAGUACACUACACUGCACUGCACUACACAAACCCCAUGCUUCUCAAGAGAAUGUUCUAGAACAAUGCAAUCAAACUACUC